AGAAGCAACGAACAAAGGAAGAAAGAAAAGAAACAGAAAUUCAAAAAGAAGGCUCUCGAAGAGAAAAUCGAAGGAGGAUGGAUGUGAUAACAACGCAGGAGAUCUCAUCGAGACCGAUAGAGAAGGUGAUCGUACACCCUCUGGUUCUCCUAAGCAUAGUCGACAACUACAACAGAGUCGCCAAAGACACUCGCAAGCGAGUCGUCGGCGUCUUGCUUGGAUCCUCUUUCAAAGGUUCCGUCGAUGUCACCAACAGCUACGCAGUGCCAUUUGAAGAAGAUGAGAAGGACCCAAGCAUUUGGUUUCUUGAUCACAACUACCAUGAGUCCAUGUUUGCCAUGUUUAAGAGAAUAAAUGCCAAGGAACACGUUGUUGGGUGGUACAGUACUGGCCCUAAACUACGGGAGAAUGAUCUGGAUAUUCAUGGAUUGUUCAAUGACUAUGUAUCAAAUCCUGUCUUGGUCAUCAUUGAUGUUCAACCUAAAGAGCUGGGAAUACCCACAAAAGCUUACUGUGCUGUUGAAGAGGUGAAAGAGAAUGCCACUCAGAAAAGCCAAAAAGUGUUUGUGCAUGUGCCAUCUGAAAUUGCAGCUCAUGAAGUUGAGGAAAUUGGUGUGGAGCACUUGCUCAGGGAUGUGAAGGAUACAAACAUUAGCACCCUUGCUACAGAGGUGACGCGUAAACUCACAGCCUUGAAAGGAUUGGAUGGUCGACUUCAAGAAAUAAGAAGUUACCUUGAUCUUGUAAUUGAAGGAAAACUUCCACUAAAUCAUGAAAUUCUGUAUCAUUUGCAGGAUGUUUUUAACCUACUUCCUAAUCUCAAUGUGGGAGAGUUGAUCAAGGCUUUUGCAGUGAAAACAAAUGAUAUGAUGUUGGUGAUCUAUCUUUCUUCUCUCAUCAGAAGUGUAAUUGCUCUUCACAAUGUGAUCAACAACAAGGUGAGAUACUUAACAACGAGCAUGAGAAAGCAGAGGACUCAAAGCCUGUUGCUCUAUCUGCCUCAGCUGGAACCUAAACAUAAGGAUCCGAACCGCAUCAGAUAUUCUAAGAAAGGAGGCCCAUCCCUUCUAACAGUUUGGUGGUUAGUCCUUUUCGGUUCUGUAAGUCUUUGAGAAUCUUCUUCUUUCUGAACGAGAAGAACAAAAAGACGGCAAGAGAGGGUGAGGGGGUAGCUGGCGGGGCCUUUUUAGAAAACAUGGCUCCCGAAAUGUCUUUCCUUGCGUUUAGCAUUGCUAUGACACAUUUUAUGAUAAAUACAUUUCCCAUUGGUUUUAAUACAAGAUGUGGUCUUUUCUUUCGUCUGA